AAGGACCUGCAGGCGAUGGACCGUGCGCACCGGAUCGGCCAAAAAAAGGUGGUGAACGUGUACCGGCUGAUAACGCGCAAAUCGCUCGAGGAGAAAAUUAUGGGCCUGCAGAAGUUUAAGCUGCUCACCGCUAACACGGUGGUGAGCGAUGAGAACGCGUCGAUGGAUACGAUGGGUACGGAGCAGCUGCUCGAUCUGUUUACGCUGGCGGAUGACGCUGGUGGAAAGCCGAAGCAGCAGCAGCAGCAGCGUGCACCUCCACCACCCGGUGGUUCAGACCGUCGUCUACGGUCAGCGACGAAUAAUAGUAGCAGCAGUGGCAGCAGCAGCACUGCCACCACAACCGAGCUGGAAGCGAAUGGUAAUAGUAGCGGGGCUGCGAUUAAGACAGUUCUCGAGAGUUUGCCGGAGCUGUGGGACGACAGUCAGUACCAUGAGGAGUACGAUCUGUCCCAGUUCCUCGAGGGGCUUAAGAAAACCCGCCAACAAUAGCUCUAACACACACACGUACACAUACACACUGCUCCGUCGGCGGGGAGAGUGUGCUGGACUUUCUCAUACCUAAGCGCCAAAUCGAGUGCGCGCAUAAUCGCUGUGUGUAUCUGGUCAUAGUAACGUUGAUGUAAGAUGUCUUAUCCUUAUCGGCCGGUCUCAUCCACUGUGCGUUUUGUUAAGUGAAAUGGUUUUAUCUCUCCGUUCUAUCGCGCUAAAGCUAUCUCUCUGUCUAGCAACAUGGUUUUCCCCAAUUUCUUUCGUUUCUUUUUUUUUAAAGUUCCCUCCAUUUUUGUAGAUUUUUCUGAGCUGCAGGAAGCGGUCCGGAAGCUACAUUUUACAAUCUAUCCUUAGUCCUAAAGCUAACACUGUACAACCACACACUAGUUGCCACUGCAUGUCGUGUAUAUUUGUAAGUUUCCCCGCGCAAAUGGGAAGAACUGGAAGUUGUGUAUUUAAACGCCUAGAAUAAAGGAGUGAAUUUCGUGAGUAA